GUUCUUUUGUUUUAUCAAGCUUGUGUUACCACUAGAAACCAGUCCAGCAAAUAAUAUUAUUUUAUGCGUGUAAUAAAAUUAUUGAACUGAUAAAAACAAUUGAAAACACAUGAAUUGUGUAUAAUUAUAAAACAAAUAACGUUCAUCAUCAUAAGUAAAAUUAAAAAAUUGUAAUGCAAAAUUAUCAUCAAAAAAUGAAUUCCAGGCGACGUACUUCCAGGGACACCUCAGCGAGUUAUAGAAUGAUGAUUUUUCCUUGUCGUACAAUGGAUUUAUGGACUUUUGAAUUUUUUUACACAAUAUUUCAAUGGGAAACUGACUGGUUUGAUAAUCCAAAAAAUCAUUUAACCAGUGAAAAAUCAUUGAGAGAAAUUCUUGGUGAUAAUUGUCCUCUUGAUUUGAAUUCUACGUUAUUGUGUUAUAACAGCACAAAAGAUUAUUAUGAAACGAUGAAGCCUUUGAUGAUGCAUGAAUUUUUUCAUGGUUUGUUGAAAGAUACUGAUGACGAAGAUGAUCCUGGUGAUAAUAAAAAUUCAAAUAGAGCAAAAUCAAUCAUCGGCAGUAUUGAGAGCAUCCAAGAAACAUCUGGAGAUUGUUCUUCAACUAAAAAACUGAUAGUAAUUAGAAUGAAAAUAUCUUACGAUUAUGAUAAAUGGAGAGAUCCAACAAAACCACCACCUGACACUCCGCAACGUGGUGAUUUAGUCCAUGUAAUCUACAAUGGCAGAAGAAAAGUAUUUGGAUACAUUGAUGACAUGGAUUGGAAACAUCAAGAUUGUACUUUAACAACAAGACAAAUAAAUACUAAUCAUUUAAAUAGAAAUUUAAAAUUAAAAACUGUUAAAUCAAUUCAACAAGAUUUACGUAAAUUACGUGCUCUUCAAGAGCUACCAGAAUCAUCAUUAUUUAAUGCAAUAAUGAAACCAAAUGAAUUGGAUUAUACAAUUAAAAAAGCUGGCAUUGAAACCAUAUCACGUUUAAAAUCAAAACAAAAAAAACUAAAUGACAUGCAAUUGAAAAUUGUUGCUGAUGUUGUCGAAACAGCUGAUGAUCCAGAUCCAAAAAUAUGUUGUAUUCAAGGACCACCUGGUACUGGUAAAACAACAGCAAUUAUUUCCAUGAUUACUAAAUUACUUGAGGAAAAUUCAAGACGUAAAAUUAUAUUGUGUGCACCAUCGAAUAAAGCAGCUGAUGGUGUUCUUUUAAAACUACUAGAAAUUAGAAAAUUGGGUUUUAAUAUUGUUAGAGUUGGACGUGAAGAAAAAAUGGAUCCAAAAGUUAAAGAAGUCAGUCUUGACUAUCUUGCGGAUCGAAUAAAAGGUUCCAGUGUUAGGGAACGUAUUCUUGAAGAUGCUCAUGUAAUAGUAUCAACAUUGACAAGUUGUUUUACUUAUUCAAUGGGAAAUGUUUUUGGUUAUUGUAGAAAAAAAAUUCCAAUUUGUAUUGUUGAUGAAGCUGGACAAUCAACUGAACUUGCAACAUUAAUUCCAUUGAUGCUUGGUGUUAAAACAUUGAUUCUGGUUGGUGAUCCACAACAACUACCACCGACAAUCAUUUCACCGUUGGCCAAAAGAAAAGGAAUGGAUAUAUCAUUAUUUUCACGAGCUCAAAAGUGUUUUCAAGAUACACCGACAAAUCCAAUUCAAAUGUUAAAUGUCCAAUAUCGAAUGAAUGAUCAAAUCGCAGCUUGGCCUAAUGAUAAUUUUUAUGAUGGUAAAAUUUCAAGCUGUGCCAAAAACGAUCCAAUGCCAUUAUGCCAUUAUAGAAUAUUAAAUCAUGAUUCACAUCAGGAAACUGUUAAAUUAUCAAACAAAUCAGAGUCGAGAUUAAUCAUUAAUUUAUUGAGUGUAAUUAUCAAUGAUAUUCCAGAGCUUAAACAAAAAAAAAAUAAACCUAGUAUCAGUGUUAUCACACCAUAUCGUGAUCAGAAGAAAAUUAUAACUGAUAUGUUAAAUUCAAGAUCUUCACAAAUAAAAAAGCUAAGAAAAAUUCAAUAUGAUGAAUUAAAUAAAUACGAUGAUCUUGAUAAAGAAAAAAUAGUAGAAAAUAUCAAAAAAAAUAAUUCACCAGUUAAAAAUAAUAAUGAUAUUAAAAAAGAUGAAAAUGUUGAUAAAAAUAAUUCAACUUUAAGAAAAAGUAAUGGCAAUGAUAAAAAUGUCAAGCAACGAAAUAAUAAAUCACUGAGAAGGAAUGGAAAAAAUAAUAAUAAUCCAACUGGAGGAAUAUUGAUUGUUGAAACUCCAGAAAAAAUUGCUGAGAGAUUAAAAAAAAAAAUAGACAGAAGUAAAGAUGAAAUUAAUAAUCGAGAAAAAAUUCUUCCACUUCGUGAAAAAAAUACAAAUUUAGCCAUGGAAAAUUUGUUGAUUAAGCUUGUAUUAAAUCCAACUGAAAAAAAUGAUGAAGAAGAAAAAUUAUUUACAGCUGAUGAGAUCUCAAAAAUCGAAAUAAUUUUUAAAAAAAUUGUUGACUUGUCUGAAUUGUAUGAUCAAUGGCGAAGUAUUGAAGUUAACACUGUAGAUGGUUUUCAAGGGAGAGAACAAGACAUUAUUAUAAUGUCAUGUGUACGAAGUAGAGGUAUUGGUUUUGUUGGUGAUCCAAAUAGAUUGAAUGUUAGUUUAACUAGAGCCAAGCACACAAUGAUUCUUUGUGGAAAUUUCGAAACAUUCAGAAAAAAUACCAUGUGGAAUGAUUUGCUCAUUGAUGCAGAAAAUCGUGGAGUUUAUGCCAACGUAAAUCAUGAUAUAAAACCAGACAAAUUAAAGGAUCUUAUUUUCGUUGAAGAAAGCAAUAAUUAAACAAUCAUACUC